CACAGCCCUUCGACCAAUAGCAUGGGAAUCCCGUCAAUAACAUGAGAUAAUCUGGUGUUCCAGACUUUGCCCUAUAGCAGAACUGAACAGGUUAACCUUAGAAGGAAACACAGUGCGAGCUAAACCAAGAAAUCUGGAAUAAUUCACAAUCCUCAUCCAACUGGAUGUCUGUUUGUAAGUGACGUUCAAGGAUUGCACCGCAGCCAAAAUGGCACUGCUUCCUGACAAGAGCUUCUCUGGGAUGGAAUUCUUAGAUCUCCUCCUCGAGCAGACUGAUGGGAACUGUCAUCCUGAGAGACCGGGCCAUGGCCUUGCUAACCCAGACUGGCCAAUCACAGAUCAAAGUUUCAUGUGUGACAGUGAAGAUGCAGCUGUACGUUUCCUGGACUCCCUGCUGUGUGUGUCUGAGCGUGCGUCGGACCCCGGCUCCCCACCGUGGGCCCCAUCUCCCUGCGACAGUGGCAUUAGUGAGGACCCCCCAUCAGACCAGCGGGACACCCCUCCUCCCUCCAGCCCACUCUUCCACUCCUUCUUCCACCCUCAGCACCUUCUUCCUCAGGCCCAGCCACAGCAGCAACUGCAGCAGCAACAGCAGGCCGGAACCACCAUGAGCUCAGCAGAACCAGAUGUGUCCAUUGAUGUGGCUUCCUGGGAGUCAAGUAUGUUCUCAUACAGGCCUGUGGUUCCUGAGUGUGUUCCAACAGUAGUACUGAGUCCACAAACCCCUUCGGUUUAUCAGCUUAGUGUGAAGGACCUGCUGCUGUCCAGCGUGGGAGAGGCUCCCAAGCAGGCCUGUCAGAACUCACUGCAGCAGCUCAUUCUUAAUGAUGACGAAAAAAAACUUUUGGCCAAGGAAGGAGUGUGUUUACCCAGCCAGCUUCCUCUCACCAAGUAUGAGGAGAAGAUCCUGAAAAAGAUUCGCAGAAAGAUUCGGAAUAAGCAGUCGGCACAGGAGAGCAGAAAGAAGAAGAAAGAAUAUGUUGAUGGCCUAGAAGGGAGAAUGGCCGCCUGCAGUGCGCAGAAUCUGGAGUUGCAGAAGAAAGUGAUCCAGCUGGAGAAAACCAACACCUCUCUGAUGGAGCAGCUGCGGAGGCUGCAGGCUCUGGUCAUGAACGGCUCCUGCAAACCGGCUCAGACAGGCACCUGCAUCCUGGUGCUGCUCCUGUCUUUCUCUCUCAUCCUGUUUCCCAGUCUCCAGCCAGUGUCCCUCAGUGGGGCUGGGCAGCCAGGGGACUUCACUGCCGCUAGAGUCCAGUCGCGGUCACUGCGCUCUGUGUUGGAGGUCCAUAGCCUGCAGCCAGUCUUCUCCGUGGAUAGAAGGGUGGAGACGGCCACCUCCAUGAUUACCAAGAUGCACAUCAGGCCAGAAUAUGCAGACAUGGGCAGUCUACCCAACAACCGUAGCUAUGGAGACGAGGAGCAUCACCAUGGCGAUCCCAUCACUGGGCACAUGGCCACAUUGGGUUGGCUGUCACGCCCUGAUUCGGGACCGUAUCAUCAGGAAGACAGGAAAUGAUGUAAUGAGUCGUCUGAAUGGUUGAACGUGUUUGUCUGCACUCGUGUGACCCAAAAAAAGCAAGAAAGAAAAGUGGACAUCAUCAAGUUUAUUCAGAAAGAGUUAGGGACUGCUUUGACAGGCUGUACCGAAUCCUUGUGAUGCCAGACUCUUUAUUGACUCCGACUGUUUUGUAUUGAUAUAAGUUAAUAAGGAACAGGAGACAGAAAUGUUAGCACGUCAUGUCCUUGGAAUUCAUAAUAGAAGCAACUUUCAGAUGCUAACGAAAGAAAAAAACUUUUUCAAAAUCAUUUUUCCCCCAAGUGUUUGUAAUAACCAUGAUACAGUUUCAGUUUCAGAGUUAGGCAGAACUUUCUUUCCGACUGCAUUUGAUCUCUUGUGCAAAUUAGAUGACUCAUUAACACUUCCUGGGCCAUACAUUGCUCCAGUUCAAAGCUAGGUUGUUGUGCAUAUUAAAAUCAAGCUGAUUAUUACAGGAGCCGUUACUACAGGCUGUAUUCCCACUAACUGUUUCUUCCACUGCAAAUUUAACAUGUAAUCCCAUGGGAAGUGGCCACAAGGUGGUCAGAAAAUAGACGCUCUUUAAAAAAAACAUUAUCUAGACAAAGAUGAAGUAAGCAGAGAAAACUGAUAGGGCUUCAGCCUUACACUGAGUGCAGCAGCAGGACAAAUGAUGUCCUUUCAUUUUAUUUGUGUAUCCAUAAGACUGAAUCUCUGCCUAUUCAAUUGUUUGGAGCAAACCAGGCGGUUAUGUCAGUGGUUUUUAUCUCUGUUUCAUUCUUCCUAAAUAUUUAUAUCAGCUAGAAUCACUCAUGUUGUUGCAAUGAGGUCGAGGCCCAUUAGGCCAUCAUGAAAACAGCACGUUAUAUACUAUUUCCAGACCAAAAAUAAUUGUAGUUUGAAGACAUUGACUGAUGAAUAUAUUUGUACAAAUUCAAUCUGAUUUUGGAUAGCUGAUAAUCAGGCUAUCCGUUUUAAAAAAUUUAGCUUAUUGAUGUUCUGAUGGCAUCUGUCAUUGCUUUGCCGCAAGCUAACUUAGCAGGGGCUGUUAUUUAGAAUGUGGAGUGGUACUUGGUCUUCAGUUGGUGGUGGUUGGGUUUUCAGGUCUAGUUUGUUUGCUAACAUCGAACAUUUCAUUCGACUGAUUCCAUACUGCAAUGACUCAAGUGCACCACAUUACACACAUGAGUGAUUGGUCAGAAAUUUAGCAGGGACACAGUUAUUUUCAUGUUUGCCUCCAUACGCCAAACAACAUAUUUUUAUUAUAUGUUUCAUUAGCCAAUCACAGUAUAAGGUCCAACUCUGUCCCUCUCAAAUACAUUUUUGAUAAAAUGUGUAAUCCAACCCAUUAGGAUGCAUCAACGCUUCGCUAUCAUUUUAUUGCUCAUCUGCUGUUAUGAGAAACAGCUUGUGCUUCAUGAAUGAUAUGAGCGUCUGUAAAGAGUCUGAAUUUAAAACAGGCAGAUUAUGCAGACAGUGCAGUGCUGGCGUGCUGCUAGAAGAAGAGCAAAAAACCUGCUGUGAUGUUCAAUUCCCUCAUUUACUGAGGACCAUUACAAAAACAACAGUCUGAAUUGUAAAGUUUUGUCAUGUUAAAUUACUGUAAAGUCUGCUGAAUGACUGAAUAAAGAGGGUACAUGUUGCUUUUUUUCUAGAGACUGAAAAA